GGAAGUUGAUUAGGGACCGCGGGAGCUCUGUUCGCGUUUCGCGGACGAUACUAGUUUAUCAUCGCGACUCGUCAAUUUUUUUCGGGUGUCUUUUGUGAGUAGAAACUUUUGAGAUUUUAACUAAAAAGGUGGUUGGUUUUUGGUUUGAGGUUGUAAGCCGAUGCUGUGAAGACCUAAGAUGACUUCAUUUGUUGAAACUUGUUGACAAUCAUUACUUCCGGCUUGGUCCGGCCAACUCAAAAGGGUAUGCGGUGGGGCUGGUGGCCCCUAAUGGGGCUAUUGCUUACAGGAGUCGCCCCAGUAACUCCUUCUCAACGACGAGGCAGGCAUCGCUCCGUAACAGCCGAUGGCCCCAGGGCAGAACCCCUCACAGCUCAACAGGGAACUAAUAAUAAUAAUAAUAACAAUAACAACAGAAGAGAUCCUUUUGAUCCACAUAAAGAUUCCGAAGAGUUCAGGAGGGAUGCCCCUGAUGAUAAAAGGGAUUUUGCAAGUAGAGUCUCAUCUGAAGAUCCUUUAGUUAUACCGACUACCAAAGGUAAAGUUCGUGGGGCUACCGUUACAGCAGCCACGGGAAAGAAGGUGGAUGUAUGGCUGGGUAUUCCUUAUGCCCAAAAACCACUGGGAAGGCUUAGGUUUAGACAUCCUCGGCCUUAUGAAAAAUGGGAUGGUAUACUCAAUACCACAAAACAUCCAAACUCAUGUGUUCAAAUUAUAGAUACACUUUUUGGAGAUUUUCCUGGGGCUCAAGUUUGGAACGCUAAUACCCCAUUGAGUGAAGAUUGUUUGUAUAUUAACGUAGUAGUUCCACGUCCAAGGCCUACCAAUGCUGCUGUGAUGGUUUGGGUAUUUGGUGGAGGAUUCUACUCUGGAAGUAAUACAUUGGAUGUGUAUGAUCAUAAUAUUUUGGCGUCAGAAGAAAACGUCAUUGUGAUCUCAAUGCAGUACCGAGUGGCCUCUCUGGGAUUUUUAUACUUUGGUACAGCUGAAGCGCCUGGAAAUGCCGGACUGUUCGACCAAUUAAUGGCACUUCAAUGGAUAAGAGAUAAUGUGGCCGCUUUUGGGGGUAAUCCUCACAAUGUCACCUUGUUUGGAGAAAGUGCAGGAGCAGUAUCCGUGUCACUUCAUCUGUUAUCUCCUCUGUCCAGGAAUUUGUUCUCUCAGGCUAUAAUGGAAUCGGGUAGUGCAACAGCACCUUGGGCGGUAAUAUCACGAGACGAAAGUAUCUUGAGAGGUCUUCGAUUGGCCGAAGCGGUCAAAUGUCCUCAUGACCGAAACGAUUUGUCUGCCGUUGUGGACUGCUUGAGAAAGAAAGAUCCGGAAGAUUUGGUCAAUAAUGAGUGGGGUACUUUAGGUAUAUGCGAAUUUCCGUUUGUUCCUAUUAUUGACGGUGCAUUUUUGGAUGAAAAUCCUGCCAGGGCAUUGGCCACUAAGAAUUUUAAGAAAACUAGUAUACUUAUGGGCUCCAAUACGGAGGAAGGUUAUUAUUUUAUAAUGUACUAUUUGACUGAGCUGUUUAGAAAAGAAGAGAAUAUUUAUAUCAGCAGGCAAGAAUUUCUAAGAUCCGUGACUGAGCUGAACCCUUAUGUUGGCCCCGCUGCCCGUCAAGCGAUCAUUUUCGAGUACACCGAUUGGUUGAAUCCAGACGAUCCGGUGGCCAAUAGAGACGCUCUGGAUAAAAUGGUCGGGGAUUACCAGUUCACCUGUAAUGUCAACGAGUUUGCCCAUCGGUAUGCCGAAACUGGAAACAACGUUUACAUGUAUUAUUUUAAACAUAGAACAGUGUCUAACCCAUGGCCCUCGUGGACUGGUGUAAUGCACGGGGAAGAAAUCAAUUAUGUCUUCGGAGAGCCCUUGAAUCCCGCUAAGUCUUACACGGCACAAGAGGUUGACUUGUCUAAGAGGAUUAUGAGAUAUUUUGCUAAUUUUGCCAAAACAGGAAAUCCAUCGCUUUCACCAAAUGGCGUGUGGACGGCGACUUUUUGGCCCCUGCAUACGGCCUAUGGAAGAGAAUAUUUGACUUUGGACGUUAAUAGUACGGCAACUGGUAGAGGACCACGUUUAAAGCAAUGUGCUUUUUGGAAGAAGUACUUACCACAACUGCAACAGUUAACAGUUGAGCUUCAACAAAAGCCACAAGGCCAAAACUGUACAAACGGAUCAGGCCUUGGCUACUCACGAUCCAUUUCCGUAGUGACACUCCUACCACUCCUCCUGAGUGUACUUAGUAAAAUUGGUGCGUAGGAAAUUUAGAAAAGAGAACUGAUUAUUAAAUGAAAUUCCUAGAAACAUUGUAAAGAGAAGAGAAAUGAGAAAUUUUGGUGUUGCGCUAGCAGUGGAUGUUAGGAAUCUAUCGCUUUUUGCUGUGUAGAGGACCCCAACAAAAAAUAUCUAUGAACGAUUCACGUGUUAAGAGGUUGUGAUUUUUUUGUGACUGAGGACGUAGGUGCUUUGGGUUCGAAGCCUUGCUGCGAUGAUUUUUUCUUGAAUAGUGCGAUCCUAUAUUUAAGACAUAUCUAUAGAUUUUUAAGAGAGUAGUAGAUUAUAAUCGAAUACAGCUUUUGUUCACUUAUUUUUCAUAUCUAUAUAAUGUUUUAAAAGGGUAUUUAAUGGUUUUAUAAAGCUAUGAAAUAACCCUCGUGGUAACUAUGCAUAUCAUAUAAUAAUGCCAUCGAACUAAUUUUAAUAUUAUUGAUUUACACUUGAUUUUGAAAUGGGUACUAUUUAUUCGGUUAUUCUGGGUUGUAAGCCCAAAGUACCUGCCUCCUUAAAAUGAACAAAUUAUUAAAAUAGAAACUAUAGAAUACCGUUUUUAUUUGUAAUAAUAUAAUUUGGUUGCAAUAUUUUGGUUAAAUUGGACAAACAUUUUAAUACUCUAGAAAAGUUUCUGGUAGAACGAAAUCGAAACAAUUAUCAACACUUCUUUAACUCUACAGUAUUAUUAUUAAUUUCUUGUUACAUGUUAUACAAUAUUAGGGUCAUCAGCAGACCAACGAAACACAAACAUAACGGUAAGUUAAAAACAUUCUCAGUCGCUCUACUUUCAUUCUGCCGGAAUUCUCAAUAGAACAAUGAAUUUGUGUUAAUCUGAAAUCAACUUUAGCUCUUUCUUCGCAUUGUCAAGCUAUAAACGUCAAUCAAAGCGAAAUAUGUUUGUGAAAGAGGUAAAGUGAAUUUGGAAAACAGAAAAAAGUCGGAAAUUGUGAGACGGUGGUAGCAAACGUUGGUGCCACGCAUCUCAUCUUCAAAAUCGUACAAACUUGUUCGGGUGAAAUAUUCAGCUCUUUUAGCAACUGUCUCAAGUAAUACACAGUAACGAUUCUCAAGCACAACUUUUUCACUUAAGCGAUGUUGUCAUUAACCUACACUUUCACGACUUCUUACAGUGGUAAAAAUAAAUUUCAUAAUAAACUUACGUGAGAACUUUUAAUGAGAAAUUCCUGGUAGAUAUUUCACAGAAUCAUCUUAGUUCUUAUUUCACGUUAGCAAAAAUUGCCUAAAAUAAGCGAGUUCUACAUAACAUUUUCGGUGGAGCCUCGUGUAACAAAUAUUUCUGAAGUUAGUUAUAUUAAUUUCUUGCUGCAUGUAACAUGUUUCACCCUAUUAGAGGCAUUAUCAGAUCCACGAAAGGCAAAAUAACAGAAAGUUAAGAACCUUUUAAAGUUCUAUCUUUAUUCUCUUAAAUGUCUAAACGUAAUUUUUUAAUAAAACAACAAAUGUGAAUUAAUCUGAAAUCAAAUUUAGCUCUUCCUUAAAAUUAUUUUUAUAGCUUUGAUCGACUUGAAAUAUGUUUCUUAAAAAAGACUUAUAUUAAGUUUGGGAAACAGAAGACAGUCACAGGGAUCCAUGCCUGGUGAAUACGGUUCUCUUUCAACCAAAUUUGUUGAGAUUUUGAUCAUAAUGGUAGGCUUCUGAGAGGGUGUACUAUAAUGGUGCAAGCUUUUCUGGAACAAGCUUUGCUGCGACACAUCUCAUGUCCAAAAUGGGACAAACUUAUUCCUGUUAAAUAUUCACCUCUUGUGGCAGGUCUCUCAAGAUAUAGUAAUGAUUUUCAAGCAUCAAAUUCUUUACUUUAGAGAUAUUUUCCUUAGUUACAUCCAGUAUUGAACCUAUAAUAAAAUAAAUAUCUAAUAUCAAGAGAAAUUCUCGGUAGAUAUUUAACAAAAUCAUCCAAAUGUUCAGCAUAAAACAAUGCUGAACUUGCGAAUUCAAUACUUAAAUUUUAUACUUUUGCAAUCCUGUAACUUUAAGUUUUAGUGAAAAAAACUUUGUUUAUUAGUUGGUCUGAUAGGGCGAAACAUGUAAUAAGGAAUCGAUGUGAUAUCUAAAUUUGUAAUUUAUAUUACUAGAGAUUUUUCUUAUCGAUGGUUAAACUCUAACAAGUCGUAUCCCCAGGUUAGCUAAUUUUACAGGAGACGCAAAAAAUGACAUUCCUCGGGAAUUUCGUAAAAAAUAUCGAAAUUGUAUGAAUAGAAAUUAUCCCUAAUCUGUUCGGGUAUAUUCAGAUCAUUUUAUUAUUUUUUGAGCAACUUGGUAUUUUACAGGGUGGGAUACGAUAGAUUAGAACGUUCGAUUUGUGGGUUACGUCUUUUUGUGUUUUAUUUGGAGUGGUUUACAACUUUUUCACUUUUGUAGUUUUCAUUAUUGUGUGGAUUAGGAUAUAAAUCAAACUAUAAAUAAUUAUUAUUGCAGGUAUCUUUUAAGCUUUAUUAAUGAGCAGUGUAUGGCAAGUUGUCGUAAAAACUAUGGACAUCUAAAUUUAACACAGUUUUUAGUUCUUGUAAAUGCUUCCAUUUGGUGUGUUUGAUUGGGAGACGUUCAGGAAACAAGGGUUUAAAUGUAUGAUCUUUGAGUAGUGAAGGAAAUUUAGCACGUUGAGGCAAAAUUUUGUAUUCGUCUUCGUAGUUUAUUUUAUAGUGAAUACUUCCGUCCGGUAAAUAUUUAAGACACCUUAAAUCUGACACAGUUGGGUCGCUUUUGAUUUUUUCUGGGCAUAUAGAGUUAAAUCGAAUGAGAUUCUUAUUCUCAUAUAAAAAAAAAAUCAUGCGAGAGAUACUUUUUGUUAAGUGGGAAAGGGUUUUUUCGAGCUUCUUUUAUAAUUUGUACAUACUGCGAUGGCAGGGUAAUAUCACGACCUUUUAACUUCCUUUCCACAACUGCAUGGGUGGAGUCGCACUCCAUUUGUGUAUGUCCCUUUUCAAGGUACUUUUGCUCUAUAGAAAUUUCAUGUUUGGUUGAAAAGAAGCUCAAAGCAUUUGAUAAUACAGUGUUGCGGUUUUAAUAACCACAGCCAUCCGAAAAUAUUAUUAUGUUCUUUUUUUCGGCCAAACAAUGUUCUUCAAGAUGGUGUAUAAUGCAGGAAGUGAAUAAAGAUGCUUGUAAGUCACCUUCAGACUCAUUCCAUACAUAAUUGGUGCACUGAUGCGUCGCUAAGUUGUAAAUAUGUGUACUUGUAAUCUGGUCUUGUAAUACACUUUGCUGGCCUAAAUAACAGGGCAUAACUUAACGGACUGUACAUCCAUGGUAAAGACAUAAUGCAUCCCAUUGACAGCUUCUUUUUUAUCAUUAGUUUAUUCCUCCUGAGCAAGGGUCUUCUUUUUCAAAAGAUUUUGGUAUUCCUCUUCAGUUAGUUGCUUAGAUUUGUAUUGUAGACAAGUGUCACACUGAUCUUUUUUGGUUUGUGUAGUGCUAAAUUUUUACUCUCAAAAACUGUGUUAAAAGUCGUAAUGGAAACUGUUUUUUUUUUCGUCAUCUUUACAUUUCUGUUUAUAAACUUCAUAGACUUCCAUUUUUAUCAUAAAGGGAUGUUCAAAAUACAGCUUUUUAGAAUCCUUGCGGCAAUAGUGUGAUUCUAAUUUUGGUAGAAGGUCAAAGAAUGAUUUUAGAUGAUUUACUUGUUCACCAGUUUUCUCAAAAAAAUCAGAGCGACUUCGUUUAAUACUUUUUCUUCGAUUCCCAAUAUCUUCUCUUUCUACUAAGCCAUGAUUUUCACUUGUAAGUACCCAGUUCUGUACCAUUUUUUCGUUUAAGCCUAGAGUUUCCAAAAACUAUAGGUUCCUUGCCUUCUAGAGGGCCCCUGAACAUAACAUCUCUUUUUUGGCUGAUAUAAAACCAAAUUAAUUACGUACACCUUUUUCUGUUCCCAGGUUAUUUCCCAGAGUAACUUUUAAAUAUUUCUUUACGUUUUGCAGAAGUAAACUUUUCGCAGUUUCUUUUUGAGGACUUUUUACAGAAAGCCUCAUUUCCACAGCCAUCUUUUAUUUUUCGCGAUGUUCUUAAAAUGUUUUGAUGUACAGUCCCAUUGUUACGGAAGUACCCCAACCCCAAGUAUUCUUUUCCCAACAUUCCUUGUUUUUUGCUUUUAUUCUUUUCCCAUUCCUCAGGUGCUGCUACUUUUCGUCAAUUUUUUUUUGUCACUUUCUUGUUACUUCAAUUACUGGCUUGGCUGUAUCCACUGGCUCAGCUACAGAUGGCGCACUGUCAGAUUGGCAAUAAUAUUUUGUGUUAUUUUGCGUACAUAAUUACUGUCUUUGCAUUGAAAAAUAUUUAAAAAUUAUACCUGUAUAAUAAUUUUCAGAACCAAUCAUUGUGACUUCGCUAUUGUUGUUAGGGCAACUACCAUAAAUGGUAUUUUCCGCCAUUGUCUCAUUUAGUUCGGCAAAUAAUAGUUCACUUUGGGAAACAUCUGAAAAAUAUAGGUAAUUUAAUUUAAAAUGUAGACGCUCACUUUUUAUACGUUCAUAAAGUAAGUAAUAAUAUCAAUUUAAAUGGUAUUAAAAUUUCAUGCGGGUAGAAAAUUUUACAAAUUAAAGACGUACCUGAAUCAUUCUGGCUGCCCAUCGUCGCCAUUGCAUCUUCCAGGCAAUCAAGACCGGGAUCCAGACUCACCAGUCCAUCGUCUACAACUACUUCGCAUUCGUAUUCUACGUUGUUUUGUAGGUUUUGCAGGAAUACUGCUUCUAACAUCUUUCUACCUCGACUACCCAUCUAAUAAGAAGUUGACUAUAGUUUACCUUAUAAUUUUGAUUGAUAAUUACCCAAAUUAUCAAUCAAUGGUCCUAAAUUAAAUUACGUUACUUCUUAAAUUAAGUUAUUUUGGCUGUAUAAACCCAACAUAAAAAGAAAAAAAGAAAAUUACCCUAGUUCAAAAUAGUCGGAUAAUCAAGUUUUACGUUUUAGACGAAUAAUUCUAAUAUGUCGUAUAAACAAAGCUGCAAACAUUACCUUUAUUUCAUAAGUUUUUAUUAUUUUAUUAAGAUAACUAAUUAUUUUUAAACAUAAAUUGCACAGUUUUGAGGCAAAAAACUUACAUUUUAAGAGUUGUUUAACCAAAAAAUCACAGAAACAUUACUACACGACGUUCAUGCACCGGCUCUCCCACGAGGAUAUUGCAGGAUACGACAAGUUUCUUUUACCUAUUCAACCAAUGAUGAUGAUACGACAAUAUUUAAAAUUUGAAUUCCUCAAUUCCUAUUGGUUAGUGGUUUACGAGCUUUCAGAAUUAGGUGGAAAACGUUGUAUUGGUUUAAACCCGCGUAAAACACCAAAACCUGAAAAAGUGUGGUUUUCGACCUGUUAGAAUUUAGCUAUCGUUAUAUUGAUGACGUUAUUACUUAUACAAAUGCUGUCUCUGUUUAAAUUGUCACCCUGUAUAUCAAAAUAUUUUAAAGUUUUAAGAUAAAGAAAAGUAUAUCAUUUUUUUCUUACCAUACUGUACUUUCUUUACUUAUAAGUCAGGGAGCCAAGUAGCGAUUUCACGUCAUAUGAAGUAAUAUAACUGUCGUCGUCAGACUUUUGAUUUAGUGGACUGUAUUAAGUUUUUGAGAUAGAUUGAGAAUUAAUAUGGUUCUUCGUUUUUUUUUCAAUAAAUGUUCGAACGAACAUUAGUGAUGCAUAAUGGCUUACCUUGCUUCGUUGAAGUCGGGCUUGGUAGCGCUACCAGUUCAUCGUUCCUUUCAUAUCAGGGACCCACACCUUAGGUAAAGUUUAAUUUAAGUCGGUUAAUAAUUACUGCAUGAAAAUCACCGGCGGUCUUUAGCGGCCUUUACACCGAAAGUUUUAACUGCACGAUUUUCGAAAUGCACGAUCAAUCGCACGCGUAAGUGUUUUUGUGUAAAGGGAAAUAAAUCCGAGAUUCUCUCUGAACAAGCACGCGCGAUUUUCUACAAGUCUUUACACAUAAGGUUUUAACUGAGCGAAAUAAAAAGAUCAUGUUUUUAUUUAAUAUACAUAUUUGUUCCAGUUGAACUGUUUCUUUUUGGAGCGCGUUAUGUCGGACGGUCGUUGCUGGAGCAAAGAAGUUGUUACAGAUUUUAUUAAUAUUUACCGAGAAUAUCCAUGCCUUUGGCAAAUAAAAAGCAAGGAAUACAGUAACCGAAAUCUUAAAAAUGUCGCCUAUGAUAAACUCGUUAAAUUCUGUAAAGAAGCUGGGUUUCCGGAGGCCAACAAAGAUUCUAAGGGGAUCGUUUAAAAAAGAGUUGAAAAAAGUGAAGGAUAGCAAAAGGUCUGGAAUGUCGCAAGAUAAUUUAUAUACACCAGUGCUAUGGUAUUUUGACCUCCUUCAAUUCACCAUGGAUGAAGAGAUUCCGGCUAAUAGUGUAUCGAAUAUUGACGAGGAAACUACCGAAGAUCUGAUAGAAUCUGAAUAUGGUAAAGGAUCUAAUAUGAACGCAUUUACUACGUCACAGCCUAAUAAUAAUCAAUAGAAAAACGAUGUAAGUAUUAUUUAUUUCCAAACAAACUAUAUAUUUUAUUCUUUUUGGGGAGAAGAAAAUGAAGGCAAUUUCGUUAGAAACUUGCCCAAACCCGUUAUUAAAAAAACAAUAAAUAAAAGAACAAUUGAGGAGACCCAGCAUGAAUUUAUGAAAGUCUGCACAACGGCAUUGACGACCCAAAAAAAUAUGAGUGAAUUUGACGCCAUAGGUUGUAAUAUUGCCAAAAAAAUACAAAGAAUGCAACCCGAUUAAGCACUAUAUGCAAAGUCCAUAAUAAAUUCUGCAGUAUUAAAAGGAUUAGUAAAUCAAUUAUCUGAAAAUACCAAAACUCUUGCAACUUAUGAAGUUUUUCAUCUGCGAGCUCAUCAACGUCUCAAAAUCAGUACGUAUCAACCCCUACACCAUCCCCUGGUGGGGUAACAUUUCCGUCAUAUUCAAAUAGUAGUAAAGUAGAAAUAGAAUACAGUUUGCAAAAUAAUGUGAAACAUUAUUAUGAGAAUAUACAAUUAUGGUAACUUGUCAUUCUUGUAUUUUUUGUUUGCUUAUAGUAAUAAACGUUACAUUAUUACCCUCAUAUGUUCUUUCAAUGAUACGAGGCAUAGCCUUAUGAUAGCCUAUGAUAGCCUUACAGGUUUGUGGUAUUAAAAUGCUUAAAGUUGGUGCAGAUAUCCCUGUGGAAAAUUUUAAGUCCUCAUAGGAACGCCCAGUGGCCAAAAAACUCAACGUAGCAACUAGUUUUUCUUCGGCACCAAUGGCUUUCCUCAUGAUUGUGUCUUUUUUCAAUAUUCUCACUUUUACCAAAUUCAGCAAAUAGUCAAAACAAGUAUUGUCCAUUCUUAGGUAAUUUUUAUAAUCUUCAGGAUAGUUUUCUCGCAAAUGUUGAAUUAAUGGAAUAUCAUUAUACCGGGACCUGUAAUAUUAUUUAAAUGAAGAAAUGACGUAAUAGUUACAAACGUUACAUAUAAAAAAAGUAAUUAAACAUAAGUCUUAACGGUAAUCCUUAACCCAAACACUACGCUUUCGCUUAUUCGAUUUUUGGGCAUCAUUCUUAUUCCAGCUGCCACUAUAGCAAUACGUUUAUUUUCCUCAGAUACCGACAUAUUUGAAUAUACAAAUUAAAUAAUAUAAAGAAAACCUCUCCUAAACCUUUUUAAAAAAUACAAAUUCCACGUCUCCUUCCACGCGCCACGUAAUCGCGCGCGAUUUAUCCUUUACACGUAAGGAUUUACGCUCGCUAUUCAUUCCAAACAGUUUUAACCAAACGCAAGAGUUUCUUGGUAAAUUAGAGUUUUUUUGAGCCACAGUUUUGAUCGCAGUUUUGACCGUCCAAAUUUGCAUGCGAGCAAUCGCGCGUUCCGCAGGCGCGUGGUUAAAACGUUACGUGUAAAGGCCGCUAAUAUGUAUAAGGCUGUUAGCGGUUAACUGUUUUACAAAACCUACUUGCAAGUGUGUGUAGGUACUACUGCGCGUACUUCCUUCCAAUUUUUGGCAAUGCAUUUGUCCCGCAUUGCGCAGGUCAGUAAGGUUACAAGCCCGCAAAACAAUGUGCCUAUUUUCACGGAAAAUACAUUUUAAAUAAAAUGGUUAAUUAUUAAAGAACCAUCCUAUGAUUUCCGAAUUUAAACAUUCCGAAAAAAAAAAAAUAAAAAUAUUCAAUAUUAAUUAAUCUUGGAUUGAUAUCCAACAAUAACGUAAUCUACUAUCUGAUGUCAUAUUUGAGUGAUAUCUAUAUCCAGUGCAAGUUUUUAUAUUAAAUGGUUAAAAUGUAAAUUUGGUGGUGGACAUCUAACAAAUCAAAGUUUUACGAAAUGACGAAUUUUUACUUCCUUGAUAAUUUUUGAAUUUCCCACCAUUCGCACAUAUCCAUCAUGACCAUGAAGGUUUAUAUGAGGACCUGUGCUUUAAAAUAAUGGUUGAUGCGCAGUAAUUCGGAUUUUUCUUCUUUUGUGUGGCGAAUUUAGGAUUGUUAUAAGCUUUACAUAUUCCAAAUAAAUUAAGUAAACUAAGUUAGUACCUUGUACUUGAAUUAAUCCAGCGCAAACAAAUAAAACCGACUCAAAUUUGACCAAAAUUCAGUAUGAAAAUGUCGUGUAAUUCGUAUUAUAACAAACAUUUAUAGUUAGUUAUAUUUCAACUCGAAUCCGACUAAAAUGGUGAACGAAAUAAAUGACACAAAAGUGUGAUUUAAAUAAAAAUCUCACAAACUAACAAAUCCUAUGCACUAAAAUUGUAUAAGAAAUUUAACUAAUUUAUGUGAUAAUUAAUGAAUAAAAUGAGACAAAAAAUUAUAUUAUAGGCUUGGAUCAGCAACUAAUUAUGAAAAUGCAAACAAUUGUGAAAUACAGGGUGUUUUAAAUAGAAUUUCAGAAGUGUUUUAUACAGAGGGUAUCCCACGAAAAUAAAUUUUACCUCGUUACGACGUUGCCACAUAUCCUAAAAAUUUUUAAGCUAUAUUUUCCCAGAAAACACGUACGUACGUGAUUGUAACAACCUGUAUAUAAAAAAAUUAAUGUAAAUAUCCAAUCCAAUGAGUUGAGUUGCCUAACAUCAAAAAUAUUGCAACCAGAUUACAUUAGAACACAACAAAUAGUUAAAAAAUAACUUAAACAAUAUUGACGGUAGGGUUUGUAAAACAUUGCAUGAGGUAGCCAUAGAUAAGUUGUAUACAUUUGUAUUGUAUUUAAAAAAAAACAGAGUGUGCCAAAAACAAAGAUGGAAAGUUACCUCAGGCGGAAGUUUUCCAAAUUCUAUUGAAGGAAACCCUCUUCUCCUUUCUACAAUCCCUUGCUAAAGUAUCUCUUUGCUGCCUUAUGAUAUAUCGUAAAUUUUACAAAUAUAGAGACAAAUAACUAUUUCAUACUGUCUGACUCUAUCCUAGUAAUUAGUAAUUAGUAACUCUAGUGCCUCUGUAUUCAUGUAGUAUUAGCGACCGAAGAACUAAAGAAUACUUGAGAGACAAUUUCCACACCAAAAACGUUUUAACAACAAUGCGUCCAUGUAUCCAACAAGAAUUGCUUAUAUUCUUCGGUCGUCAUUUUUUACCUUUUUUGGUUUAUUUAACUAUAUAUACUUAAACGUACAUAUCCACUAAUGGUGCGAAUCUUUAACACUUUUUAACAAAAAUAAAAUAAAGGAAAAUACAAACGUAGAUCUCUUACCCAGUUCACUUUCUAUUUGUACAUAAAUACCCAAUAUACUGUUUAUAUAGCGGAAAUAAAAAGCUAAAUUCUGCGGGUUUUAUAACGCUUCAAUUAAAAACAAAUGUAAUAAUUUUAUUGGCAUAAGAAACAGCUUUAAUUGUACAAAGUGUAAAAGUAUAAAGCGUUUUCUCUCAGCUAUAUUCAGUCAAAACUUGUAUACCCACAACAUAUCGAAAGUGGAUGUUUUAUUAAAACGUUUUCGUUUGCUUCCUUCCUAGUUAUAAUGUAUUUCAUUCUAAUAAAUUAUGGCUUAGGUAUAUUUGAACACAUUUUUAUAUAAAGUUCAGAAGUUGAGUUGGGUUGGGUUAGACUAUUUAUUCACUAAAAGUUGGCAUUUUUUAAUAUUUGAAUAUGAUACCCAGACCACCUUAAACUAACUUUGUAUCUAAGAGAAAAGAAUAAAAAGCUGUCGAAAUCACUUAGGUGCCACAAUUCAAAUAUAUCAUUAGAGCUCUAAAAAAAGUUAUACAAACACCACAUAUCUUAAAAAUUACCUUUCAAAAGACCAAAAAAGGUUAAGAGAAGACAAACUUGUCGUCUCUGUGAUGGCUUCUGAACCUUUCGGGUAAUUUGCCAAAAAGAUUUUUGAAGAUUUGACUGCAGUUACUGAAGAAAUUUUACCGAGAGUAUAUUGAACUACCUUGUUGCUAUUAUGACCAAAUUAUUACCAGUUAUGUGAUUUUUUAAAUUUGCCAAAAAAAAAUUACAAAAUUCAAUAUUCAACCUCUAAUAAUAAAGUGACGUUAAAAAGCUGAGCCUAUUCGCAACACCAGAAUUAAUCACAUAAUCAUUUGGCAGUACCGCGGGGCAUCAUGGGACGCCUUCCUAAAAACUCAAAGUUCACUGUUAAGAAAAGCCCAACGCUUCAAUCCGCGUCACACUGUUGACUCACUUUUUUAAAAAUGGCAGUUCUAAUUUAAAAAGGGCGCAAUUUGGAAAAAAAUCACUAUAUCAUCUUAAACACUCAUCAAAAGAACCAGAAGAAGAAGACGAAAAGUUAAUUGCAAAAAUUGAUUAAAACUUGCUAUUAAAUUAGGAUGUGGCUCUUGGUAGCAGACAGUUAAACCAGUUUAUAAUUUCAGGAGUGCUUUGACUUUGGUUCCUCAAUAAAUUAAACUAAAGCUGAGAUAAGAGAGCAACUGCCUAAAAUUUAAAAAAAUAUAAUGUAUUAUAUUUUUUUUGGGUGAUUUUGUGGGUAAAUUGCUCAAGUGCUAAAGAAAGUGAUAAAGUUGUAAUCUUUAACACUUUUUAAUUUACCAAUUUCCGACCUUAAUUUGAAAAUCAUGACGAUUUCUUACCAACCAAUUAAUAUCUCUUUCAGUCCAUAUUCAAAUAUACCGUAGCCGGACAUCGACCAGUAGAUUUAUUGUAAAUUUUGUAAUGAGGUAGUUUUUCAUAUGCACUAUUUAGAUUAUAAGUCGCAAGUCGGUUUGCUGAUUAUUUGUACUUUUUAGUGUAGAUAAAAGAUGUUUAAUGCGCGAUUUUUGGUUUUUCGGACUUUGUACUGGAAAUCCCAGUUUUCAAAGUCAAAAACUAAAAAAAAUACUUAUUUAAAACUGCAUUAUAACUAUAUCGACAUAUUAGAUUUGAAUCCUAAAUAGGUAAUAUAAGAGUUUUAUAGAAAAUACAAAAACUAUUGAAAUUUAUGUGUUGGUUCGAUUGCACUUCUAUUUAUUUUUUAACGAGCUUUAAUUGUUGUUUCCUUCUGAAAAUGUGUUCUUGUAUGGCAUAUCAUUAACUGAUAUCUAUAUUAGAUGUUAGAUAAAUAUAUUGUGUAUAAAAAUGUGCUUAAUACAGUUUUCUAUUGAGGCAAUUUUUUUAUAAGAUCUUCCAUUAAACGUUUGAAGAUUAUAAGGGAACUAUAUAAUUUUUCAGUCAAUACAGCCUAAACGUAGAACAGCGAACUCUUUGUCCACUAUAUACUGCUAUAAAUAGUUCAUAAAAACACAUAAGACAUGCUUAUAUGUUCUUAUAUUUACCUUGACCUGUGUUAUAGGCAAAUCUAUUAGUUAUUGUGAUAAAAUAUUAUAAGAAAAGUGAAAAAUUUAUUAUAAAAAAUAUUUAUCAUAUAAGUAGGAAUAUAUGUUGUGGGAUUUUUUUUAUUUGUUUUUAUUCAUAUUACAGUUUUUUGUCAGAAAGAAUUACUUAUAAUUUUACCAGGGUGCACACAAGAAAUUCCCUUAAACUUCCUAGAUUUUAUGACAUGUACCAACAUUAUUAAGGCCAAUUAAGCCAGCUUACUUCAAGACAUACUUAAUUUAGGUAACAAUUAAAAAAAUGUUAUGCCUACACGAAUAAGUUAGUUCAUUAGUCGUGAUACUAUCACACGUGGCAACUUUGCUAGAGUUCCCAGAUUAACGUCAAUAAAUCAGGUUAGACCGUACUUGUCUUGUAAAUGGAAUAUUCCGAAUGUAUGUGCCACGUAUUUACAUUUUUUUUCAUUUUCUCUUGAAAUACAUAAAACAUUCUUGGAAUAUGCGUAAAAGGAAUACAAUAAGUAAAAAAGGACGUAAGUUUUUAUAAAUGAUGAUUGGUUAUUGACACCAACCAAGAGAGAAUUAUAAGUAAUUCCUUCCCAAAAUGGUAAAACUUACCCAAACUCACAUAAUAUAGAAAAGGGCCUAUUUAAACAACCAUUCAGUUAUUUUUUUUAUUUUUCAUAAUUAUGUAAAUCAAGACAAAUACUUUGGUAAUAAUUAUGUUAAAGUGAGAUCUAGGUGGAUCAGCCAAAAAGUGAGAAAAAAUAUGUUCAUUCAAUAUUUUCAGUCAGCCUGUAUAUUUUAAAUUAUUAGUCUACAUUAAAAUGAAUCCUCAUUUUCUGACGACCCUAUAUAAAACGUCUAUACUUGAUGUCACACUUUAAUAAAAUUAAAUUAUUUUAAUUAUGACUAGUAUACUACAUGUAAAAAACAAUAUAUUUAUAUCUGAAAAACAAACAUAUUAUAAAAGAGUUCAUCUACGCUUCUAGCACGAACAGUACGGGCGCAGAUGAAAUGUUUUACGUUACAUACAGGCUGAUUAUAACUACCUAUAUCGUUUUCUUUAAUCGUUGAUUGAAAAGGGAACUCGCCUCUUCAAUCAACGCUUUAAUCCUGUAUUUUUUAACGGACCCGUCAGCUCAAAUGUACGGUAAUAUACAUAUAUCUAUUAUUGUUGUAGGCCUAUGGCUGUAUAUUAUAUUAUUACUAUUAUUAUUAUUAUUAUUAAUAUUGUUUAUUACUUGAUUUCAAUAAAUGAAUUGCUUGUACAAUG